AUGAACACAUCGGGCUUGUCCGACUGGCGGCGGCCGCCAGGAACCCAGACCAAUGUGUUGGAUGACUUGCGAGCAGCAGGGCACCCAGAUUACCAGGAGAUCCACGUGGAGUGGCCACUCUCCAUGGGUUUGGGGGAGAUGAAGAACCAACUCUUUGCCCUCCGUGAGCGCCAGGCAAGGUUCUGGGUUUCUUUGCGGCGCGGCAGCUUGGCUGUCUUCUCAACGCCCUGUCGCGACAGCAACGUGACCGUGUGGAAGAGGUUCUGGUUGCAGUCGCCUCCACGUGGCUUUGGCAAUCCAAGGUUGAAGGACACGGACCCAGUGCGGGCAUGGGCCUCCGACCUCCUUGAGCAAUGCGUGGUCCAAGACGCUGCCCAGGAUGAUGCCGAACGGCUGAAACAAGAUUCAGAAAACCUGGAGAACUUGGCCAGCGCGCUCGAGGCGACGUGGACGCGUCACGGAGCCGAAGCGGUCGUGCGGGCGCCAGCCGCGGCCAGCGAUGCCGGCGAGGUGCUUGGGCAGCUUGGCCCUGGAGCCCACGUGGUCUUGGCGCAGGACUACUACAGCGCUGUCGCCCUGCUGCUCUGGCCCUUUCUGGCCCGACGGCUUCGGCCUGCCGCCUGGGAGGUGCUCCCGUGCCACCUUCGAACCACGCCCGAGUCUGUGCAGUUGCUCUUGCUGAGGUGGGCACACUGCCAGCCCGGACAAUUCUUCGCGCUGCUGCUUCCUGCGGAGGCUUCCUUUGCUACGCAACAAACCGUGGUCCAGGCUGUGCAUGAUGCAGUGGACCAGGCAGGGCCACUACCCUCGCCGAAGUGUCCUUUGCUGAUCCUGGUCUGUGGCGAGCAUGCCGCGCAGGCUCAUAUCUCCACGCAGCUGAUGCAGCACCGCGUCGAGGCGUCACAACCUCCUGCCCACGAAUUUUCCGACAAGAUUGUCCAGCUGAUCUCUGGCGGCACAGCCGCUGCCCCAUCGGUGCAUGUCGGCCCGCAUUGUGGAUGCGGCAAGACAUUCUCGGUCCGCCUGUCUGCAAAGGAGCAAGAUGCCAGCUACCGGCAGCUGAAGCUGACGGCGGCCAUGGGCUUCGGGGCCCUGGCGCGAAGCCUUCGUGGAGCCGUCGAAGGCGUUGAAGGGCCGGUUUUGCUGCACUUGGACCUCACGGCUGGGCUACCGCUGCUGAGCUCCGAGUCCUUUGCUGCUGCUCUCUUCGAGCUCAUCUUGCUUGGCCGCGUGGCUCGCGUCGGAGCCGAGCGAGGCGACGCCGUCUUCCAGCUUAGCAGCAGGGUAACGGUGGCCAUCGAGCUGCCAGCCGGGGUGGAGCAGCCGGAUACAGCGCCUUGGCGCUGCGGGCCGCUGUUGAGCUGGCUUCCACGUGUUCACAGCACUGUGAAGGCCGAAGCCUUCUGUGGCGACGAGGCCUCGCUGCGUGCAGGGCUCGGUGAAAGCUUUGCAGCGGCAAGGCACGACGGCCUGCGGAAUCCGGAUGCUGUAGCGAAUGCCUACCAGCGCCUCCAGUACGUUUGCGGUGCUUUGUCCAUUGUCCGGCGUUUGGGUGGCGCCUUUCCUCUGCUCUACGACGGUGCGGAAUGCGAGUUGGGAGGCGAAGAGUGCUUCAACUUGCUUGUGGAGUAUGCGAAGCUGAAGUUGCGGCCUUCUCUCUGGAACAUCUGGUCCUUCGUGGAUGUGCUUUAUUGGCAGCUGAAGGAGGUGCACCAUCCAGAGUCCGUUGCCAACCAAGCCUGCAUCCCGGAGGAGGGCGCUCCGACGCCCAAGCCGCUUGCAGCGCUGCGGGCCCAAGACUGCCCCAUGUUCAAAGGCGAGCUCAUCGCCUUCAUCCUGCGAACCGCACGGGACUUUGCCACAAGGCAGACGUCGAAUAACGAGGUGGAUCCAGAGACCGUGGUGGCAGCCCACUUGCACAACUUCCACCAGGACCGCUUCUGUGGAACCUGGCGCCUCCAGCCCUUCUCGAGUGAUGGCCAUCCUGUCUUCGCCAAGUACGACAAGAGUGAGAAGGGAGCAGGGCAGUUCUUCCUGUACUACCGGGCUGCCCAACGCAUGUGGGUCAUUGAUGCGGAGCUGGACAAGGUGGCGCCGGCCUUUGCUUACACUCGAAAGGCGGACUACGAGAAGGGCUGGUGGAGGAUGGCAUCCUGGGUGCCUAACAAGGGCAUGACCCUGGCAAAGGUCGAGCACCCACUCGCCUUCGAGAAGGAUGCUGUCGAGGUGCGGGGAGUGGAUGAGCAGCUAACAGGAUCCCCUGAGGAGUACUUGGUGCCACUCAACGGCACAUACCUCCGCCAGCCAAAGGAGGAGAACGUGGACGGCAAAGAGCACUAUGUUUUAGAAAAGCCACGCAGACACCUCUUCUGGGACAAGGGCAUGGAGACGUGGUGCAUCGCCCAUGUGUGCCAUUCCGAUGAGGGCGUCUAUGCCAAGUCACAAAGAAGUACCAUGCUGUCACCCUAUGUGACAAUGGGCCGAGACGAGCAGGUGCCCUCAGCUCGGGUGUCUUUCGUCACUGCCGCCGAGGAGACGGUCGCAGCUGCGAGGCGGCAGCCGCAGCAGGAUGACGACUUCCAGCUUCUGCGUUGGGAGGACAGCAGUCACGACUGCAUGCUUUUUUCGAACCGCAAGCACCAGGUUUGCUUUCUUUCGAGCCAGCCGAUGAAGCUGCGCAUAUCUAUGCACCCUGGUCUGCUCCACCUGCUCGAGCGCAAUCACGUCUCUGUGGGUGAGUCGCUGGAUGCCCUGACGGCAGAUCACACCAAGAUCCUAGGCUGCCUCACCGGAGUGGACCGGUCUCGGAAAAAGGCGGCCCAACUCUUGGAUGGCAAAUAUUGCCUCACAGGUGAUGCAGUUCUGAAAAUGCUGGCGAUCUUCGUUCGCCUUCGCUGUGGGCUUCCUGUGAUUUUGAUGGGCGAAUGUGGCUGUGGCAAGACUGAGUUGGUGCGCUAUCUCUGUGCCUGGCUGGGAGUGGAGCUGGUCACGCUCAACGUCCAUGGUGGCACGACGGAAGUGGACAUCGAUCGAGUCUUCGCGCAAGCACGGAAGUCCGCACAUGAGAAGAGCGAAACGCGCGUGAUCGUCUUCCUGGACGAGAUUAACACGUCUCACCAUGUGAACAUGCUCUGCGAGGCUGUCCUCGAAAGGUCACUGCGCGGCGAGCCCCUGCCUUGCAACGUGGACGUCCUGGCGGCGCUGAACCCUCGGAGAAAGCGGCCUGCGCAGCAGCUGACCACCGGCCUCGUCUUCGGCGGCCAGGGCAGUGCGGAGGAAGAGAUGGGCGGCUUGGUGUACCGCGUGCACGCCGUUCCCGAGACCGUCAACGACUUCCUCUUCGACUUCGGGGCCUUGACCCAGAAGGCAGAGAGGAUGUACAUCCGCUCCAUGGUGCAGAGUGGCUGGCCCGACAGCCACGAGCGUGAGCAGGAACUGGUGACCGAAUUGCUCUGCCUGGCGCAGGCCUUCAUCCGUUGGGAGGAAGGUGAUCCUUCAGCAGUUUCUCUGCGAGAUGUGAAGCGCUGCUUGCGAGCGGCGCGGUGGACGCAGGAGCGCUUUGGAAAGAAGACGGCGAAGAGCCAGCCCCACCCUCCCUCGGUGGUUGUUGCCGUGGCUCUGGUGUACCAUUACCGCCUUCCCUCUCGAGAUAGUCGCCACGCCCUCUGGACGGACCUCACUCGCCGAGCACCCUGGCCGGCAGACAAAGGCGAGAUGAAGGGCCGGGGCUGGGCAGAGCUGGGCAAGCUGCGCGAGGAGAAUGGCCUUACAGCCAUGGAGAACAUCCUCCAAAAGGUGCAGAGCAAUGUCGCAAGAGAGUUCGAAGUUGAGAAAGAUGUGGUUAUGAAUGAAGCGUUGGCGGAGAAUGUCUUCGUGGGUCUUCUGUGCAUCAUGAACCGCAUCCCGCUCUUCAUCGUUGGCAAGCCAGGAACCUCGAAGACCCUGUGCAUGCAAGUUCUGCUGAGCAACCUGCAAGGGAAGCAGUCCAAGUCCAAAUUCCUGCAGACAUUGCCAGCGCUGCGCCUUAUGCAGUAUCAGUGCUCCCCGCUUUCCACGGCAGAUGGUAUCCAGCGCCAGUUCGAUGCUGCGUCGCGCUUCGCCUCGAGCGCACUGGAUGCUCAGGUGGUGCUGCUCCUGGAUGAGGUCGGCCUCGCAGAGUUCUCCCCAGACAUGCCACUGAAGGUCCUCCAUGGAAUCCUUGCGGAGCCGGGCAUCGUAUCUGUUGUAGGUUUGUCGAACUGGCGGCUGGACCCUGCAAAGAUGAACCGCAGCGUUUGCUUGGCCCGACCGGAUCCGGACUCAGCAGAGGUGGGUCGAACAGGCGCAGGGCUGCUUGCGGCCUUCAGCGGGCGUUCCUCUCCGGCCUGGCUGCAGGAGCUGUCUGGUGCGUUCUGGAGUGUCUUUGCAGACCAGGGUGAUCGCGAUUGGCUGGGAAUGCGUGACUACUACAGCUUCGUCCGGGCCGUUCGCGACGGAUGUCUUGCAGCAAACGUUGACCAACCCACUGCAGAGAUCCUGGCCUUUGCCAUUCGCCGAAACUUUGGAGGCCAGCCGGCUUUGCUGGAGAGGCUGCUUCAUGCCAUGCUUCCCGCAGGUGCCAGAAGCAAAGACGAACGCCUGACGUGGCCUUUAAGGGAGAUUCUCUGCUCUAGCUUGUCAGACAGGACGGCUCGGCACUUGCUUCUGGCCAGCCAGGGCGCCGCUUUGCCAUGGCUGCAGGCGUCCAGCAUCCUCCCUGAGGACGCGGAGAUCCUGCUGGGUAGCGACUUCCCCGAGGAUGCCUCUGAGGCCUAUGCCAUCCGGCAGCUCAUGCGAGUGCGCGACGCCAUGGCCAAGGGGCGAAUGCUACUCUUGUGUGGAAUGGACGUCAUCUACGAGGCCCUCUACGAUGUGUUGAACCAGCGCUAUGUGCGGCGCCGGACAGAGGAGGGUGAGAUCGAGCUGCUCCUGCGACUGGCCAUCGGCGCCCGGUCGCAGCUCUGUGCCAUGGCCCCCUCCUUCAAGCUCCUGGUGCUGGUCGACCAGGACCAGGCCUUCCGCCACCUGGACGUGCCCUUCCUGAAUCGCUUCGAGAAGCAGCUGGUGGAGCCCACGGAGCUCCUGGACUCGGCGAGGCAGCCGCUGCUCGCGCAGCUCCAGGCCUGGGCUGAGGUAGUGGCUCUGGAAGCGGGCUGCGAGGUGGUGGCCGGAGGCCUCACACCUUCGACUUUGGCAUCUCUGAUGCUCGCGCGGCCAAAGGCCGACCUGCAGGAGAUGAAGCUGCUGGUCUAUGACAUGGCGCUACCACUGGCUGUGUUUCGGUCGAAGAGCUUGCAGCAGCUCGGGGGGUCGUACUUCCAGGUGCGACGAAGCUUGGCCAGCAGCAUGGCCCAUGUGGUCUCCGGCACUGAUGCUGGGAUCCUUUGCGAGCUCUCCACAUCCUCACCCAUGGCGCACAUGCCACCGCUGCAAGACCUCGCGGAAGUCGGGGGCCACAGCAUCAUCCCUAUCUCCCAGCUCUCGGGGUCCCAGCAGUUGGAGGACAUCCUGGAGAAGUUCUUCUCUGAUGGGGCUCAGGAAAGCAGCGACAGGACAUUGGUGCUUCAGGUAGACGCCUUGAGCUGCAGUGCCUCACGCCUGGCGCUCACGCGGCAGCGCUGUGCCGAGGUGCAACGAAGGCUCGGGGCAGCUUCGCGUUCUCACGUGUUUUUGGUGCUGCACCGGGUGGGAUGGAUUUCCGAUGCUGGAAAGGGCUACUGCUGGCAGCCCCAGAUUGGCUGGCGCUCCAUCUUCGUCGAUGACCUGCAGGGCUCCAAGACCGGGUCGCUGGGCCCGGAGAGCCGGCUUUUGGGCCAGUCGCUGCAGGAGUUCCUGCAGAGCUCAGUCUACGACCUACACACGCGGGGGCUGAUUCCGUCGUUGGCGGAGAUGCUCCGUGCCCGCAACCACACGUGCUUAGCACGCUGCGUGCAGCCCGACAUCGGAGGCCUCGAAGCUUUUGCCGAGCGAGUUCGCGGCAUGCGCCGUGCACUCGAAGCAGAAGCUUUCGUGGAGGCCCUCCAGUCUCUGGCGCUGCUGGUCCUGGAGAAGUGGGCCGCCACGGAUCCGGGAGCUCUGCAGCUCCACGUGAAGCUCGCAAUGCAAGAGCUGCGCGUUGGAAGCUUGCGAAAGUCUGUAUGGCUCGCAAUCGAGCGACUGCAGCUUUCGGCCCUGACGCAUGCCCUGCGCUGGAUGGACACCGACUUCAACCUCCGCCACGUCUAUGGCAGCGAUGCCAGUGCCAAGGCGCUGUGGCUCGCAUUGGUGGAGACGCCAUCCAUCCAGGCAGCACCGCAGGUUCUCGCGGCCGCGCUGCGGCCAGGUGCAGCUUUGCAAGGCCCUGCUCCAGUACCAAACAGUGGUCGACACGGGCCGCUCCGCUGCCGCUGCCCCUUCGCCUCGCGGCUGCUGUCCUUGUGCGCUGGGGUGGCUGCAACCCUGGAUGACAGCACGGACUUGGCCCGUCAGCGCAGCAUCUGCACCAAGAUGGUCGGUGAGGAUGUCAUGCGUGCCUUCGCGCGGUUUGAGGCAGAUGCUCCAGGAGCCUUCCUUCAUGAUGCCGUGGCGAUCUGGGCGCCCCUCUACCCAUUGCUGUCCUUUGAGCUCAUCCUGAAGGUGUUCACCAUCGUCUGCGACGAGGAGUUGGAGCGCCCGGUGGUCUCCCCUCUGGAAGUGGUGGUGGCGUUCCAGAAGUCUCAGGGCUUGGUGCAGAGCAUCUGUUGCUUGCUGUCGCUGGUCGAGGCGAGCUUUGGCACGGCAGACACGGCCGCUGCCGAGCGCCUCCUGACGGUUGCACCGGGCCAGACAUUGGCGGAGUCGGUGGUGGAGGCGGUGGCCACGACGCUGGGUGGCCAGAUAACGGCAGAGUGGGCUGAACGUGCCUGUCCACACAUUCGGAUGCUACUGGUCAAGGCCAGCAAGAAAACAGGAGCCCUGGCCGCCCCGGGCUGGUGGAGGCUGCGCUUGGCUCUGGCGUUGGAGGAGGCUGCGGCCGUCUCCACGAUGCAGGCAGAUCGCCUUGCGUUGGUGCCGGAUCUGGAGGCUGGCUUCCUCAGCGAGGACUACUGGCGCCGGUUCGCCGAAAGUGUGCGAUCCUGCAUCCUGACAAGCGGCCUGCCGCAGCAACAGGCCGAUGCUGGAGCACAGGCAGCAGUGUGCAGGGGACUGCCCAGAGUCGCAAGUGAGUUCUUGGCUUCCUUUCCUGAUGCAGAAGCAGUGCUACAGCAAGGCGGGGUGGCAGCCGCGGCCCAGAAAGUGGUGGCAAGAACCUCUGGCGCUUCAGAGUGUUUCGGCCUAACAACGCUUUCGAUGCAGAUGACGCGAAGCGUUCUGUGUUGGCUGGAGCACCCGAGAGUGAAGAAGGUGCUGCCCAAGGAGGACUUCGAUGCGAAGGGCCUUACCUGGCUUCUCAACUUCAUCGAGGAUGUGGAGGAGGUCGAGGAGUGCAGCGAGGCAGAUGUGGCAACGGUGCUCAACGCCGACAAGGGUUUGCCGGUCUCGCGGCCGCUCCUGAACGCCGCAGCUCGCCUUCGACGGAUGAUCGCGGCCUAUGCGCGAGGCCUGGUGCUCGACAUCUCCUCCACCCCAUCGCCACUGACGGCUUCUGUACUAGGCAGCAGUGCUUCUGCGGCCCUUUUUGCAGCAAAGGUCGUCCGGCAAGUUGGUGGAGACAUUGACCUGUGUCGCAUGGGGGCAUACGCUCUGACGCCCCAAGGAGCGCAUCUCAAAUGGUUUCCUCUGGAUGGAGUGCGGCUUCCGAAUCUCAGCAACGAUCUCCCGGAUCCUUUUGUGCACUUCGCGCCCCAGCACAUGGGAAGCGAGAAGUUCCUCAAGUGGUUUCUGGCAGUGUGCGCUGCCGCGGGGAUGGUGGCCAGCUCGUCCAGGGCCAGCAAAGAGGAGUUUGCCAAGGCCGUGCAGAGUGCAGCCGCAGAGAAGAUGGGGUGGAAAACGGGGAGCAGCAAGGGCUUAGCAGUACCAACUCUGGCGUGCAUUGCCUCGCGCGUGCUGCUGAACCGUCAGGUCGCUGUUGCCGAAGGCCUCGAGGUCCUGCGCGACUGGGCCUGCGAGCACCUCGAAACGGAGAAGACACCCAGGGCAAGGAGCCGAAGUUUGCUGGUGAAUCGCAUGUUUUCCGGGCUUCUUCCGCACUUCGAGGCCGUCACGAACAAGGAAGAAGAUUCGACUCAACUUCCCCCGAGGAAAUUCCUCGAGCAGCUCGCGCACCACCUGGCGCUGCUUGUGCUGGGGUCUGGCGGGCAGAGCAGCGCGGGCUGGUUGGAGAACGUCCUCACAAACCCUCGCCAAGCUCAAGAAUCGUACUGGCCGACAAUGCCAGACAGCGAGGAAGCGGCGGUGGUGGGUGCCAUGGGCUACGUGGGCUGGUACACCUGUCCGAAUGGACAUCCCUAUUCCGUCGGCGAGUGCACGAGGCCGAUGCAGAAGGGCAUCUGUCCAGCGCCUGGUUGUGGAGCAUCGAUUGGGGGCGAACACCACCAGAAUGUGCAGGGGGUCCGUAGCAUCAACGAGGAGCGCCUGCUGAGGCACCGGUCGCAGCCUGGCUACAUUGCCGCAACCAGCGACAUGCUGGACCAGACCAUCGUGAACCAGUUCAAGCGCCAGCUGAACAUGCGGGGCCUCAAGGCCUUGCGCCUCGUGAUGCGCACGGCGCUCUGGGUGAGCCUGAGCUCGGAGUCUCCAAGCGCCGUCGUAAGCUGCGUGCUUCCAGGCACAGCUGCGAGCGAACGGGACGCGGCGAAGGAGCUUUACCAACUCAUCUGCGAGGACUGGAAGGCUCUGCUGAACCGCACGAAGCUGCCUCCGCGGGAGCUCGGGGCCUGGCUGCAUCUCACGCUGAUGAGAUGUCCAACUAUCUGCCGAAUCAUUCCCGACGAGACAGAGCGAGCAAACUUUGAGCUCAACUUUCAGGUGGCCUCCGAGCAGGCUUUCAAUCUCUGCGCGACGCAACAGGAGGAGCGCAAGCGAAUGGACGUGGGUGCCGACUACACUGCUGCUGCAUGCAUGGCGUUCGGAGAGAAGGCUUGGCGCGAGCUGGGCGACAAUUGGGACAAGAGCCUUUACGAGACCGUAGAGACGGCUUUGCCGUGUAUCCUGUGGAAUGGACGGCAGCCUGCUGGACUGGCAGAGUUCGAACGGAGCUUCAUGUCUUGCAACGAGAAUGCUGACAGCCGGCCGGUCGUGGCGGUUACCUUGAAAGAGCAGAGGCGCCUGGCUGCACUCAAGGCGCUGCCGGCCGUGCUUGCCUGGCAUUCCGUCCUCUUCGAGGCCUUCGAGGACUACAGCCUUCUUCGAGAGGAUGCGCGGCAGCUCACGAACUCUGAAGCCGUUGCAAGGCUCCCCGAGCACCGCCGGGCCCUGGCCACGGAGACCCUCAACGACUUCUGCCGCUGCUUCAACGAGGCCUUCCCGCUGGUGGAGCGCCUCUUCGAGUGCGAGGCCAAUCCCUUCCUUCAGCAAGGCAAAGUUCACCUGCCGGGACCCAUGACGCCUGACACGCCGGUGAUUUUCUCGUUGCCCUAUGUGGCGCCUUCCGGUGAAACGGAGGCACCCACCCUGUGCACCGUACAGUUGGCCAACAUCUUGCAAACUGCCCAGAACGACCUCGUGGAGGCAGUGGAGGCAGCCCUCGGCACUGCGGCUGCGGACACCCCGGCGCUGUCGGUCAGUGCGGCCACGGAGCCCAAAGUGGUGGCGUCCUUGUUGGCAUCGCUGGAUCUUCGCUGUGACCUGCUGCCAAUGUUGCACCAAAGCCGGAAAGAGACCGAGUCGUUGGGUGCCACUGUGGCGUACGACCUGGAUCAGCUCGAGGAGGCUCUGACGCAGCACUUCCGAGGAGCUGCGCGCAUCCAGGUGCAGCUGCGACACUACCGCUUUGGCGGAGAGCUGAAGGACUCUGGUCGUCUCGCAGUUCUUCGGCAACGGCUUCCACAGCAACCCUUGCCCUUUGGAAUGGUGGAGGAACUCCGGCGAGAGCUGGAGCGGCGGGGUGACGCUGACGAGGCCACGCUGCAGCUGCGCGCGCUCGUGGAAGAUGUCAUAAACCUCUGUCUUUCGCUGGGCUCUCUGGGCAAAGCGGGCCGCGCUGCGGUGCAUGCAGAAACGCCACUGGCAGAGUUGGUAGAUGCCUCGGCGGAGGGGGCGAAAUUACCGCAGGCCCUUCGCGGCCGUGCCCAGCUCUGCCACUUGCAGGAUCUGUACAUGGAGCUGGUUGCCUCCAACCAUGCUGGCGACUCGCUUGCGGCAGUUGCGCUGGCAUACCAGGAGCCCCUGGAGCCCUCAUCAGCGGCCGCUCUGGCUGCCUCCGCUGCAGAGUUGGCAGACUGGCGGCCUGUGCUGCACGAUCUGCUCGCUGAGCAGCUAAUUGUUGAUCGCUGGCCAGCAGGCUCCUCGCUGAAGGAGUUCCUGGAGUUUGCGGCAGGCGAACCUCCUCCAGACUGUUUCCCGGAGUCUCUGGAGCUUCGGCAUGCUCUCGCAGUCUACCGGGCGCUGGCGACAGCCCUGGCAAGUGGAUCAUAG